AUGGAGAUGUUGAGGUCAUCUGCAGAUGAUCAGUCUCAGUUUGUGUCCUAUGACGACUCUUCCGCCGCUUCCUCCUCUCCUUAUCUUCUCGAUAAUUUCUAUGGUUGGACGAACCAAAAGCCUCAAGAGUUUUUCAAAGAAGAAGCUCAGAUAGCAGCUUCAAUGGCGGAUUCAACGAUUCUAACAACGUUCCAAACUCAUUCUCAGAGUCACAUCCCCAAACUCGAAGAUUUUCUUGGUGACGUGCGUUACUCUGACAACAGCCAAAGCGAAACACAAGACUCUUCUUCCCUUUCUCAAAUCUACGAUCCACGUCACCAAAACCAAACCGGGUUUUACUCCGAUCACAACCAAACUAUGGCCGGUUUUCAAACCGCCUUCUCAACUAACUCCGGUUCUGAAGUUGAUGACUCUGCCUCCAUAGCCAGGACUCAUCUAACCGGAGAGUAUUUAGGACACGUGGUUGAAUCUUCCGGUUCGGAGCUUGGUUUUCACGGUGGAGGUGCUAACAACGGAGGAGCUUUGUCACUUGGUGUUAACAUUAACAACACUAAUCAUAGUGAUAAUAAUCAGAUCACUGAGCAUCAUUACAAUGUUGAAAGAAUCAGCAAUAACAACAGUGAGAAGACUGAUUCUGAGAAGGAGAAGGAGAAGCCUGUUGUGGCUGUGGAAACAUCAGAUUGUUCUAACAAGAAGAUCCCUGAUACGUUCGGACAAAGGACUUCCAUUUACAGAGGUGUUACUAGACAUAGGUGGACGGGGAGAUAUGAAGCUCAUCUAUGGGAUAAUAGCUGUAGGAGAGAAGGUCAAGCCAGGAAAGGACGUCAAGGUGGAUAUGACAAAGAAGAUAAAGCAGCUCGAGCUUAUGAUUUAGCAGCUCUUAAAUAUUGGAAUGCUACUGCCACCACCAACUUCCCUAUUGCAAAUUACUCAAAAGAAUUAGAGGAAAUGAAGCACAUGACCAAACUAGAGUUCAUUGCUUCCCUUAGGAGGAAGAGUAGUGGCUUCUCUAGAGGAGCUUCGAUAUACAGAGGUGUGACAAGGCAUCAUCAACAAGGGCGUUGGCAAGCAAGGAUUGGCCGUGUUGCAGGCAACAAAGAUCUUUACCUUGGAACCUUUGCAACGGAAGAGGAAGCGGCUGAGGCAUACGACAUAGCAGCGAUCAAAUUCAGAGGGAUAAACGCUGUAACAAACUUUGAGAUGAACCGUUACGAUGUUGAAGCCAUCAUGAAGAGUGCACUUCCCAUUGGUGGUGCAGCAAAACGUCUUAAACUCUCUUUAGAAGCUGCUUCAGCAGCAGAGCAGAAACCAAACAUAAGUCAUCAUCAACAACAACUUCACCAUUUUCAGCAACAACAGCUUCAGCUUCAGUCUUCAACCAAUAACAGUAGCAUUAACUUCGCUCUUUGUCCUAACUCAGCUGUUCAGUCUCAGAUGAUCCCAUGUGGAAUCCCUUUUGACGCAGCUGCUCUUUACCAUCAUCAACAGCAACAGCAACAGCAGCAGAACUUCUUCCAGCAUUAUCCUGCGAAUGUUCAAGCUUCUGACUCGACCGGGUCUAAUAAUAAUAACUCCAACGUUCAAGGGUCAAUGGGAGUUAUGGCGCCAAAUCAGGCUGACUUCUUCCUCUGGCCUAACCAGUCUUACUAGAAGAAUCAAUCAUGUGAUGUGAUUUGAUGGAGUCCGUUUUUUAAAUUGUUUUAGUUUUUAAUCGUCUUUAAGGGAUACAGCUUCUUUCUCACUGCGCUAAUGUUCAACUUCUUGAUUCUAGCUAACUCAUAAAGCUGACUAGAAUAUUAUGAAAAUCUCACUUGCUUCUAUGUGUUAAUUCUUGUUUUUUUCAUUAGCUGUUCUUGUUUUAGG